GCGCGCAGAGGAGCAAGAUGGCGGCGUCCUGUGUUCGCGUGUGUCGGCGGCUGGUGGGGAGGAGCGGUGCCGUCCAGCGGCCGGGGGCACCGAGCAGCGGCGGUGGGCACCGGUAUUAUUCCACAAGUCCUUUUCUCUGCCAGUGCACUGCAGCAAGACAAACAGAUGGUGCAGAAGAAGUUGUCAUUCCAAGAAAAAAAACUUGGGAUAAGCUUGCAGUCCUUCAAGCUCUUGCAACCACAGUGAACAGAGACCCCACAGCUGCGCAUUACAGAUUCCAGGAUGACUCCUACCUUAUACCCAGGACAUCACCCGAACACCGUCUCUACUCCCUGUCGCAGGAGUCUGGGCGCAAUGCGGCCAGGUACAUCGUCAACACUUAUCCGAAACUUUUCCAGAAGGAUUUUGCUGAACCUUCGAUACCUUGUCUGAUGCCACAACAGUUGGAGCCCCUGAUAAGUGAAGUGACGGAGGAUGCCCUGAAAGAACACAUUCAGCUCAGGCGAGUGAAAGAAUCUGUUGAUCUGUAUGAUCAACUUGUGCAAGCAGGGACACCCGUAUCUCUCAAAAUGACAAAUACCUUGUUGGAUCUUAUUUGUGUUUACGGAGAUCAGGAGCCACCAAGAGAAAAUCAACUUGAGCCAGGAGCAACGGACAAUCAGAACGAGGUGAAGGAUGACUCUCAGAAGAGGUGGAGGGGCCGACCUCGCAAAGCUUCAGAUUUGCUCACUGUUACUUGGAGGGCGAACAAUAAUGCAGAGAGGAUAUUCAAUUUGAUGCCUGAAAGGAAUGAGCAUUCUUUUUAUACAAUAAUUCGAGGAAUGGUUAAGUAUGGUGCCUACACAAAGGCUGUCAACAUGUACACAGAUCUCUUAAAUAAUCGGAUGAAAGCGGAUGUUCAUACCUUCAAUGCACUCAUCACGGCAGUUCCAGAACUGAAGGAGGCAUAUAAUGAGAGAAUAGAUUUUCUUCUGGAACUGUUGAAGCAGAUGGCAGAACAAAAGGUGCAGCCAAACUUGUUAACUUUUAACUCUGCAUUGAAGUGCCUCCGAAAGUGCGGUUCACAUGCUAAAACCCUUUCCCUGCAGAUUAUUAAUGAAAUGAAGGCCUUAAAAAUUGAACCAAGUUUGGCCACCUUUGAUCAUUUACUAGGUAUAUUCUAUAAAAUUGCUGCUACAAACCAGCAACAAAAUGACUUUAUCGUCAUCCUGCUUCAUGAAAUGGAAGGGAAGCAUUUUGAAGCCAAAGAUCCUGAUGAUGUAAAUUUCUUCAACAGUGCGAUGAGAGUGUGCUUGGAAAUGAAAGACCUUGAACUGGCAUACAAAAUUCACAGAGUUCUUGAAACUGGAGACAACUGGAAGUUAUUGGGUGAUUCUUAUCAGCGAAGUAUUUAUUAUGGUCGGUUCUUUACCAUCUUGUGCAUGAUGGAGAGCAUCGAUGUGGUUCUCAAAUGGUACAAAGACCUCAUUCCCUCGCUAUACUAUCCUAAUGCGCAAGGUCUGAUGGAUCUGCUGCAGGCUUUGGACACUGAGAACCAAUUGCAGCUCAUUCCACACAUCUGGAAAGACAUUAAGCAGUUUGGUCACAGUAACAAGCAGGAUCUGGUGGAGGAAGUGUUGGAGCUGAUGUGUCGGGACAAGCACAGUCCAGAGUUGCAAUCUGCCUUUGCUGACACAGCGCUGGAUAUCAAGGCUGUCUAUAAGCAGAUCCAAAACUUACAGUGGACAGCCAAAUCUUUGGGAAGUGUGACAACCUUGAUUCUGAGAGGAGGUCGAACUCAAGAUGCUUGGAUGAUGCUGCCACUUUUUAAAGCAAACAACAGAGUACCCAGUAAAACACUACUUGAUGAGUUUCUGGACCAUGCCAAGGAGAGCAGCAACAAGGCUCUGGCUUUGGAUUUGGUGAAACUGGCUGGAACUUUCAGCCUGCCUGCCACGUCAGAGUUCUUGCACAGGGUGACCACUGAAUUUGAGCUGUCGGAGGAGGAAAGGAGAGCCCUAGAAGAGCUGGAUGGCAGCAGUAGCAAUAGCAGCAGCAGUGGCGAGAGCAGUGACAGUGGUAGCGAUAGUAGCGACAGUGAUCGCGAAUAACAUGCUUGAUCUGGAUACAUCAAAUGGCAUUCUUUCGUAUACAGAAUGGUUGACUGAGGGUUGGCCUUUGGGCUUAUUUGCUGCAAAACCAGCUUUGGAAAAUGACUGGAUAUUGUACAGAUGUGGCUGUAUUUAAAGAAAUAAAACAAAAAAACUCUAACAGAAGUGAUGGACAUUGUCCUUAUGGUGCUAAUGUGAUAAAUAGCCAAUGUAAAAUUGAUCAGUUGUUCUAAUCAUCCCUACAGUUUAAGGAAAUAUUAGUCUAAGGAUCAAAAAUAAGGAGAAAAGCUGCAGAUGCUGGAAAUCAGAGUAAUGCACACAAAAUGCUGGAGGGGCUCAGCAGACCAGGAUCAAUGGAAAAGAGUAAACUGUUAAUGUUUUGGGCCAAGACUCUUCAAGAACUGUUUACUCUUUUCCAUAGAUGCUGCCUGGCCUGCUGAGUUUUACAACCGUCAGGACUAAUGUCCUUGCAUUGGAGGACACUGAUGAUACACAGAAAUAUAAAUUUUAGUUGCCACUCUGCUACAACACUGAUAUCCAUCUAUCUAUAUAGCACAAAACUUCUGCUGUCUACAAGGCACAAGUCAGAAGCAUAAUGGAUUAUUUGUGAAUUAACUGGAAUUAAUACCACAGCUAUCUGGCUAACUGGAACUGUUCAUGAAACAUAAACAAACUGCAUCACAAGACCAAGCUCUGCCCCAGAACACCUUGAUCUUUUUAAACUCUGCAGAUGUUGUUGAUACUUGGACAUUAAUAGAGUAAGAUUAGCUGUAUUUGUCACACAUACAUUGUGAAAUAUGUUGUGUGCAUCAAUGACCAUAGUCCAAGCUGUGCUGGAGGCAACCUACAAGUGUCACCAUGCCCACAACUUACAAACCUUGAUGAAGGCUUUUGGCCUGAAACGUCCACUAUUCCUCGCCAUUAAUGGUGUAUGUCACCUUAAUUUGUAUGUCUUUGCAAUGUGGGAGGAACCUUGAACACCCAGCAGAAACCUACACAUCGAUGGGGAGAACUCAGACAGUGGCUAGAAUUGAACCCUCAUCUUACAGCUAGCACAACAUUUAAAAAUCAUUUAAAUAAACCUACAUAAUGAAAACUAAAAAUAAAAUUGUUUAAAUUAUAGAAAUUAAAGGGAGUAAACUCUUAUCAGUUAUUGAAAGGUUGUGAAUAAGAUAUCAAACAUUGAUUGCCUUUCUGUAUAAAGGCACUCAAGGUCCUAUUUAAAAAUUGAUUUACAAAGGAAAAUGGGAAAUGUAAAACUCGUUUCAAGAAAUAAAACAUUCGUGGUUCUUUCAAACAAUGGAUUUGAGGCUAUUAAAAAGUAACAAAAAUGACAUAACUCUUAAGACUUGGGCCUAAAAUAUUUUUUCCCCCAAAUACAUCUAUCAGGAUAUUUCUAAAUACAAAGGGGAUUAUUGCGAAAGGCAGCCAGUUUGUCACGUCCAUAUUAGAGCACAGGAGUCCAUUUGUUUCAGUGUCUCACUGGUAGGUUUCUGAAAUAGUUACCAGUUAACUACUGUAUCCCUGCAAUUUCUCUUCUCUUCCCUCCUUCCCUAGCCUUUUCAAGUCUUGCACUCUUAUCAAGCAAUAUGCCAGAUCAUAAAUCAUUUGUUGCCACCUUUGUGUCUUUUGUCAAUUAUGUCAAACUUGUGUCCUUUUGAUAUCCAACAGGAAGAUUUGUUUAGACCAUUUUAUCAAAACAUUGAAUUUGAUCAAGAUUCCCUGUAACCUGUUCCAAGUCUCCAGUCUCUCCAUAUAACUUAAAACUUUCAUGUGACACCUGUGGAAAUCUCUUCCGCAUCCCUCCUUGAGGGUCUUGAACUUAAGCCUAAUGAGUGAAUUUACUUAUAUUCCAGUUGAAUAGGAUCAGUUCAAAUGUGGAACAUGAAAAACCUAUCCAACUAUGACACCUUCUGUAUGAGGAGAAGGUACAUUACCUGGUUUUUAAAGCCCUAACAGCCACAUUGUGAUACUUCCGGCAUGUAAAGUGUCCCUUGUGCUUAAACAACCAUAAGUGAUAUUUAAAUAGGAAGGUUAAGGUUUAAUAAUCAUGUUUUUGUGAUCCAAGGACAUCUCAAAGUGCUUUGAGUGCAGAUUGUAACCUCAAUGUUGAUAAAGCCCUAAUUUCAUUAUCAGUGCAAUUUUCCCCAGUAAGAUGAAAGUGUAUUUGUCCACAUAGCUGAUGAAUUAACCAUCAAGGGAUGCCUGAACAUGUUUCUCACAUGUUCAGCCCACUAUGACUAAAGGCUUUCAGUGCUUAAAGUCUUCAAAUGACUGAUGUGGUUCAUUUCAGGAACUGAUUCUACUAUUACCUUAAGGAAAUAUUGCCCCAAACUUUAAUGUCAAUUUCUCUUUAUAUUGUGAUACUGAUCUUCAGUCUUAAUCUCUAUUGCAAGAAUUCAAUUUAAAAUGUUGCCGGACUACUUACAGAGUGAAGCUGUAAGUAAUCACAGAAAAAAAUUAGUUAAGCUAAUUGAGUUGUGCCAUAAAAACCUUGCAAGGAACUGAUUGUUGACUUAAAGGGGAAGUCAGGAGACUUCGUUGAAGGGUGACCAGCUUCAAGUUCUAGGGCAUUAGCAUACAAGGAUCUAUCCUAUGUCUAACAUUGAUGCAAUUACAAAUAAAACACAAGUGGCACUCUUUCAUUUGGAGUUUUAAGGGGAUUUGGUACAUCAUGAAAGAUACUUGGAAGUUUUUACAGAUGUAUGACGUAGAGCAUUUUAACUGCUGAGGGUUGUAGACUCAGCUAAUUCUAUCAUAUACACAACCCUCCCCACAAUUGGCUUCUUAAGGAGGCAGUGCCUCAAGAAUGCUGCAUUCAUGAUUAAAGACUCUCACCAUUAGGAGUAUGCCCCCUUCACAUUACUACCAUCAGAGGAAGGACUAGAGCCAGACAACCCAGGCUAAACAUUUCAGCAGCAACUUUUUUUUAUGCUUUUCUGUUGCAAUUUAUAGCAACUUUUAUGUUUUCCACUGUACUGCCACUGCAAACAAAUGACACAACAUUGUCAAUGAUAAUAAUCCUGAUUCUGAUUAAAGAAAACAUUGGAUAUAUAUCUGGAAUGUCUAGUGAGUGCUAUGGUUUCACUUAUUUUCAGUCCACUAAAUGUUAAUUUACCAUCAUUAACAAAAGGAAAUUUUACCUUCUUUAAACAAUGAGUUUCUCUCACAAGAAAAGGAAUUUCCAUAGUUGAAUGGAAGAAAAGUUGAAUUUUCCAUAUCUGGAAUUGCAUUUUAACCUGUAUUAUGCAAUGCAAAGGUGUAAAAGGUAUGAAACCGGACUGACUGUAAUGAACAUUUGGGUUAAUUAGAAAGUAACUAAGCUCAGAAAAAUAAAAUGUUAGGUGUAGUUGUAAGCACCUUUGAAGAGCUUGUUUAAAUGCUCUUAUUUAUGGCUCAAGAUUUUAAAGUUGAGAUCCUUAUUGAGAAACAUUACAAAGCAACAAAAAAUUUUUACAUUUUACUUUGAGUAUGUUUAUCAUCUCAGACCAUCUAAAACCCAAAGAGAUGCAUCUACACAGCGCAAAGUACUAAGUUGCAAGUCAAAACAAAUCAAAAGGUAACAAAACAAAUUACUCCAACCUAGUUGAUUCUUAAGAGCUCACUCAGAAUUUUGCUUCACUUAAAUUAGUUUGUUGUUUAUGCAAACAUCAACAUUACUGUUCCAUUCAGUGUUUAAUUCUGUUUUAUUGAUAUGCAUCUGAAAGGGGGAAGAAAAUCAACAUACAAUGAGCUGAAAUGAUUAUUUGGUUCAAAUACAAAGUCCAAUCCAUAAAACAAAUAUACCAAAUUACAGACACUUUCUCACCAUUUUACUUCAUUGAGCCAUUUACUGGAAUUA